UUUUUUCUAGAUGUCGAUCUAGCAAUCUAGCUAGACUUGACUUGACUAUUCAACUAUUGAGCUCUGGACUCUGUACACAUUAACUUAACAAAAUUAACUAAAUAGGCCUACUGUUACUUACUCAUGAGUUAUUGUAGUCAGUGUGAGUGUAGAGUAAGAGUCUAAGAGUACUGUCGUGUCUGUAGACUGUAGUAGAGUCAGAUACACUUACAUACUAGUUCUAGAUCUAGAAUAAAAUAGUACUAUACUAAUAUACUUCAGUAUACUGUAUAGUAUACUACUACUAGACUUGCUAAGUCUCGUUAAUAUUUCUAGUCUAGAUCUUUAUUAUAUUAUAGACUCUAGAUUCAAGUUGCUGUUGCCAAAUCAGUAUCAAAUUAUUCAGAUCUAGAUCUAGAGUUUAGAGUACACUUAGUCACUUACUAAAGACUAAAGUAAAAAAAAAAAAGUGUCAGAAUGGAGAACCACAGAGAGUCACGGAAGCGACUACGACCAUGGUUGGAGCGUAUGAUAAACAGCGGAGAAUGUCCUGGACUAGUCUGGGAGAAUAGAGAUGAUAGAACUUUCAGAAUUCCUUGGCGCCACUUCAACAACAAGGAAUGGGUUGAAGAAGAUUCUAAAAUUUUCAGAGAGUGGGCCAAAUACACAGGGAAGUAUCAAGACGGUGACAAGGUUGAAUAUCCAGUUUGGAAAACACGACUCCGAUGUGCUUUGAAAAAAAUUCCUGAAAUAAAAGAGAUUCCCGACAUGCACAGAAUUGAAGACGCUAAUCCUUACAGGGUGUAUAAAUUUGUUGAUGUGCCUCUAAUGAAAAGACCAUGUGAGUUUGAUACAGAUUCUUGUCACAGCCAAAGUAGCAAUAUGUCACAUCAUAUUAUUGAUGACCAACCCAGCCCAUCACCUCCAAAUUUUCUAGAUUCCAGUUAUAUUGCAGCAGAGAAACCAGCCAAUGUGCCAACUGUGGUGUUUGAUGAAGAUGUUUAUAGACUCCAGACAAAGAAAGAGUCACCAGACUUUUUAUAUUAUGAAGACAACAAAGACCACAUAGUAUCAACUGUGAUGCAGAAUUUCUGUGAGAAGUCCUAUCAGCCUGUAUCUCACCUCAACUUUGAGGUGCCACCAAUUCUGGAAGAGAAUGUUUUGCAGAGCAGUGAGCCAAUGACAAGCUUGCCAUCUGAUUUGAAAUCUGUGAACACAGAUGACCUUUGUCUGCUGGCAAACAUGGAGCUGCCUAACUCAAUGACCAGCAUAACCAACACCAGCAAUUUAAGCAUGGAAGUUCCAAAUGUGGGAACCAGUGCCAUUGUCAGUGCACCAGCUAGCUCCACUUGUAUGCAUGUUUUAGUUUACUAUGGCGCUCCAAGUGUUCAGGUGACAGCCCAUACAAUUCCAGGGGUUGGCUGCAGAUUUUUUUCUCCAAAUUUUGGGCCUGUAAGUGUAAAUGAUAGCAGAAUAGAGGAAACCCUUUUCGGACCAAAGAAUGUGUACCAAAUUGCUCUUCCCAGUCCAGAGCAGUACCUGAAUGACAAUAAUUGCUAUCAAGAGCAGAAGCCUCUGAUCUCUGAUCUUCUUGAGAAGAUGGAAAGGGGUGUGGUUCUCACAAAUAUUGACUCUGAUAUUUACGUCCAGCGCUUAUGCCGAACUAGGGUCUUCCUCACUGAUGGUGCCUCUGAAAGUAUGCAGCUGGAUAGGAAGGGUAGCACUGUUACAAAAGCCUUUGAUUUCAAAAAGUUUUUGAGAGAGUAUGAAGAGUACAGACAUGGUCUGAAAAAAGAUUUGCCCAAGCCAUUCUUUAUGCUAACAUUGGGACAAGAAAUAAAGAAAUCACACUAUAAUCCAAUGGGGAACAUUCUGAUCCAUGUUGUUGUAAAACAUGACCUAGCCACCAAGAUCAUAGCCCAAGAUCCCAAUGCCAAUAAUUCUUCUUCAGGUGUUUUUUACUCCUAUGAUUCCUAUGAUAAAUUCCUGGAAGAAGUUAAAAAAGUCCAAAUUGUAUAAUGUUCAACUGUUACUGGCUGUAUUCCUGUUUGUUAAUUUACUAUUCUGUAAUUAUUAAAAAUAUCCAUUAUAUAGUACAUUUAAAAAUUGUAUAUAAAUUUGAACUAUAUGCAACUUUAUAGGAUAUGUACUCUCAAAUUGUCUUAACAUUUUUUUUUUUUAUUGUAGGUGAUUGGCAUUGAAUAAUGAUAUAAAUACUCACCUUUCUUUCCCUAACCUGAACACAUCCUUAUUAUAGAAAUAAUAUACAAUGUAUAUUUACUUAUAUAAAAUGCAUUUACAUUUAAAACUUCUGUACAAGUAGACUUUUAUAUUUUGUUGGCAUUUUGUUUUGUUUUUCCCCAAACAAAAUGCUUAACAUUUACUUUUUAUGGCUAAUACUUUUUUUUUUAAUGUAUCAGUCCAUAACGUGAUCUAAUUUUAUAGAAAAUUUGUCUACUUUUGUAUAUUUUUUUCAGCAAUCAAAUAAGAGUGAAAGAUGUGAUGUUGAUUUUUUAAAAAUAUAAUAUAUGAAGAGCAACAUUAAGUAGCAUGUUAUCAACUUAAUUUUAUAAAGAGGUGGAUAGAGUGCAGAAAGAAGGAUAGAGUUUAUCCUGAGAGCAAUUUUUCCCUUUAAAAAAUAAUUACUCUCUCCUCAGAUCUAUAAUAUGUAUGGUAAAUUAAAAUUGUAUAUAUAGGCUAAAAAAAAGUAAAGUAAGUCUUUCAAUCUAUGACAGUUGAUUAAAGAUCACAUCUUUCUUUUACCCACAGUUAACAAGGGAGUCAUGUGACCAGCACAAUGACCAACCACCUAUACCUAUCCCCAACUAAUGUCAAGUGCUAUGAGUUUGGUGGACUCUAGAAGCACCUCAAGGUCUCAAAAUUGAAAAUCCCAGUCUUCACAGAAAUUUGAACUCGAGACCCCAGAGAUUGUUAGCCAACCAUUUUAUUACUCAGCGACCAUGUGCCCCCCCCCCCCACACACACACACCUUCCUUUAUAUCUAGGCAUUAUAUAAUUUUGAUUUUUAAAGCAUAUUUCAUUGAAGUAUUUUGUCAAUUUUUUAAAUAUUUUUCAUUAGGACACCAACUUUUUUUUUUUUUUUUUUGCAUUUUUUGUUUUGUUUUAUUUAUACGAAAUACUAAGGAUUUCUUUUUAAUUCUUUAUGAACUUGCUGUAUGUUGGGAAGACAUAGCCCUAGACUGCACUAGAAGAAGAGAGACAGUGACCAAGCCCUAGACCGCACUAGAUGGAGAGAAACAGUGACCAAGAACGCUAUGGACAGUAAAAAAAACAUGGGCCUCAGCUCUGGAAGAAAAGUGUGCCAUAUGAAAGAUGGCCGGCUCCUCUACCACCAAAGCAAAAGCCAUCGUAACCUACAAUAUAUGUGGACGGGAAUGUCUCUCCAAAAUAGGGCUGCACUGUCAGAUAAAAAAGGGUUUGGGAUUAACCAUAGUCGUCCUACGACUGAAGGAGGCCUGAUGAUAUGUUCAAAUGUUAAGUUCAAAUAAUAUUAAUAUAAUAAAUGGUGAGCUUUCAGAAGUUAAAUUAAAAAGGCUUUCCCAUU